AUGGACUUUGCGGCAAAGGGCGCUGUGGCGCUAUCAGAGAAAGACUUCCUCGCAGCAUUGACAUUCUACACCAAAGCCUUGAUCGACCAUCCUUCCUCACCAGACUACUUCACGCAGCGGUCCGUCGCCUUCAGCCGUCUCUCCCCGCCACGCCAUGACCUCGCGCUCAGAGACGCAGAGUAUGCCGUCUUAUUGGGCCAGAAACGUGCGAAGAGAGAGAAGAUCCAAGCGGCGCAGCAGAGAAGAGUCGUCGCUCUCCACGGUCUCGGACGGUACGCCGACGCCAAAGCCAUUCUAGAGACGACCGAGAGGUGGAGACCGCAGGACAGCAAGCCAGCAAAGAUGGAGUGGGACAUGUGGAUGGCUAGGAUCGAGAACAAGCUGAAGGGUGUCCCUGAGUCGGAGCGAGUGUCGAUGGAGAAGGAAUACCCUGCGAUCGAGCUGCCGAGCGAGACCAAGGUGAAGGCGUGGCUACAGUCCCAGCUCAAGUCAGACGGCUCGUUCAAAUUUGAAGGCGACGCCGAAUCCGAGUCCAAGUCCAAGGAGACAGAAUCUGCCUCAGCCGGUACAGCGGGCUCUACAAACGGCACCAACGGCAGCGGCAGCGGCAGCGCGAGAUCAGCCGAGCCCCAGACCGCAGUUCCCUGGAUCCCGACCAAGAUCCGCCAUGAAUGGUAUCAGUCGCCCCAGACCGUGACGAUAACGCUCUACGUCAAGGCUGUCCCAAAAGACAAAUGCGAGAUCGACAUCCAAGAAGGCUCGGUGCACAUCUCCUUCCCUCUCCCGUCGAAUCCAUCGUCGACCUACUCCUUCGUCCUCGACCCGCUGUUCGCCCUGAUCGACCCAUCGCAAAGCAAGGCCGCGGUGCUGUCCACGAAGGUGGAACUCACGCUGAAGAAAGCGCAGCCCGGCCAGAAAUGGCACAACCUGGAGGGCACCGCUCCCUUGAAGCCGUCCGCGUCAGAUACAACUAUGCGAGAUGCCGACCACGCAGCCAGAUCAGCCGUGAUGAGUACCCUCGCAAACAAACCAUCUGCGCAGGCGCCCUCAUCAACGACACCCAAAGAAACAGCCCCGGCAUACCCUACAUCGUCCCGCACGGGCCCCAAGAACUGGGACAAACUCGCCGACGAUCUGGUAGCGAAGACGAAAGCGAAAGGAAAGGGGAAAACGAACACGCAGGCAAAGGGAAAAGACGAAUCAAACCAGAACCCCAACCCCGAGCAAUCGACGUCAUCUAAGGAAAAGACAAAAUCAGACGACACCCCCUCCAAGGACGACGGAUCCUCAGAUUCUGAAGCCGACGACGCCUACGAUUCAGACAUGGGCGGCGAUGCCGUCGAUGGCUUCUUCAAGAAACUGUACGCCGGCGCGGACGACGACACGCGCCGCGCCAUGAUGAAAUCCUUCUACGAAAGUAAUGGCACGGCGCUGAGCACGAACUGGAAGGACGUGGGGGCGAGACACGUCGACGAGGUGAAGAGCAGUCAUGACUGA